AUUAACGGUCGUUCAUAAUUAAUACAGUUUGAGAAAGAGAGAGAGUUCGAGGAUGAACUGAUAACAAUGGUGAACAGACGAAUCUAGUUAGUUCGUGAGAACUCGUUAAGUGACAGGAUGCAGAAGUGCGCGAGACUGAGGCUGUAACUAUAACAGACGGAAAGUACUUUGCAUAGAGUCUCGCGCCUUGCUCAGACUGACUGACUGACCGACUGACUGAAUCUAGCAGUUAACAUGAGGAGCCAGGCUUUACUGUUGACUGUGUUGGUGGUGUGCAGCCUAGGCCUCGCAGGCUACAUUCACCACAAGAAAAAGGAGGAGGUCAAAUUAGCCAAACACGCCUCUUUCCAGAACGUCAAGCACCGGGUAACCAGCGACGUGCUGCGGGAGUACAUGACCCAUGUGGUGGAGUCGAACUCCCUGCUGGACAAGACCAAGAAACAGAUUACCGACCUCACUGCUGAAGUGAAAGAAGCUCAAGAGGCCGCAGAUGCGAAGCGAGGUGUAGUGGAGACUUGCACCGGUGACCUGAAACGUGUAACCGAUGAAAUCGCUGCCAUAGACACCGAGAAGAACAAUGCUGAUGAGGAGUUUAAGAAGAAGAAGGCCAGCUUGCAGGAGCAGAUGGACAACCUUAAAAAGGAAGUGGAGCAACACAGCAAAGUGUGUGACUACAUCAAAAAGGACUCCGCCGAGGGGAGGAAACUGUGCGGCAUGGAGGCUCUUCCAAAACAAAAUGUUACUAAGGAGGCCAAAAAAGAAGAGCCGCCUAAAUAAGCCUCAAACACAACGGAAAAGGCUGGAGCUACAAAGGCACAUUAAUGAAGCUAAAGCUAUGAAAGCAGAGGAGUUAAUACACUAACCAAAUCAACG